AUCGUGAUAGCGAAGCGUAGGGUUGAAUUUGAAACAGUGCAUUUUCUGCUGUCAAUUCAUAUUAGGAAAUAUUGUGCUUGUCACGUUCAUUAUCAAUACUUUUCAGGAAAGUGGCUAUAUCGGAAGAGGUUGCUUUUCCCCUCAUUAAAAAGAGAAUAAGAAAGGAGCUCAUAAAUGGACAAGCUGGGAUAUUGAAACUCGAUUGCUGAAAGGUUGAAAUCUGUCUGUUGAAGAAAAUAAUAUUGAAAAUUUUAAAAUGUUGGAUAUAGCUUCCAUUUAUGGACCUUUGAUAGCAGGUCUUCUAAUUGUUGUAAUCUCCGUUCUAUUCUAUUGGUAUUCCACACGAAAUUUCGAAUAUUGGUCAGAAAGAAAUGUGCCUUUCGUGAAGCCCACCCCCUUUGUGGGCUCCGUCUAUGAUUACACCAAGAGACCCAUUCAUGAAGUUGAUGAAGAGAGAUACAAAAAAUAUGGACGUCUGUAUGGCACAUUUGAAGGAACUCGUCCAUUUUUGAUGAUAGGAGAUCCUGCGCUUCUGCGAGACAUCAUGGUUAAGGAUUUCCACAUAUUUCCAAAUAGAAGACCUCUGAGUUCAGGAGAUCCUAUCAUGGACAACAAUGUUUCUUCUGUGACUGGAGAGGAUUGGAAAAGAAUUAGAACCAUCAUCACGCCUACAUUUUCUACAGGAAAGAUAAAACGAAUGAUGGGAAUUUUUAAAGAAUGUUCGGAGACGGCUAUACAAAAUUUCAAAAAAGCUACUAAGAACGACGAACCGGUAGAACUUAAAAGAAUUUUUGGAGCCUUCACUAUGGAUGUGAUUGCCAGUUCAGCAUUUUCUACGAAGCUCGAUUCCCAUAACGAUCCUGAAAACGAAUUUGUGCGGAUGGCAACGAUGAUAUUCAGGCCAAAAGUUAACUGGAGAGUACUCACGUAUUUUCUGUUUCCUAAUUUCGUAAAGUUCAUGGGAAUAUCGAUAUUUCCACCAAAUGGAAUCAAUUUCUUCCGUGAUGUCACGCUUGACAUAAUAGCUCAGAGAAAAAAGACAGGUCAGACUAGAAACGACUUCCUUCAGUUGCUGAUGGACACCGCGAAAGAACUGUCAGAAGAUCCGAAAUCGGAAAUAAAAGAAAAAGAAGCUGAAGACAUGGCAUCUAUGUAUGGAGGAGUUUCCACUGAUCAUCAAGUAUUCAAGAACGUCACUAAGAAAGAACUCACAAUCAACGAACUUGUAGCCCAGUGCAUCAUUUUCUUCCUCGCCGGCUACGACACGACAGCCUCCACCCUGUCUUUUGUGAUGUAUAAUCUAGCUCUUUAUGAAGACAUUCAAGAAAGAGUUCACAAAGAAUUAGUUGAUGCUUUGGAAGAAACAAACGGUGAGUUGACAUAUGAUGCUUUGCAAAGCAUGAAAUAUAUGGACAAUGUCAUUUCAGAAACUUUACGUCUUUAUCCACCGGCAGUAAGAACUGAGAGGCAAGCUGCUUCUGAAUACAAACUGGGAGAAACCGGAAUCACCAUUCCAAAAGGGAUGAUACUCACCAUUCCCAUCUACGCUAUGCACAGAGAUCCUGAAUUUUUCCCGGAUCCAGAUAAAUUUGAUCCAGAAAGGUUCAAUCAGGAAAAUAAGUCAAAACGUGAACAGUAUGCAUUCCUGCCAUUUGGUGCAGGUCCUCGAAACUGCGUAGGCAUGAGGUUUGCCCUCAUGGAGAUCAAGGUUUGCCUUGCAUACAUCGUUGCUAAUUACAAAAUUAGCAGAUGUCCUCAAACUCAGGUGCCCAUGGAAUUCUUGAAAGGCCAAGGUACUUUGCAACCAAAAGAGAUCUAUGUGACUUUGGAAUCAAGAAACGAUAAUCCCAUUGUAAAAUAGAACAUCGCUGUUAUGGAAAAAGAACUAUUCGCAGUGACAAAACGCACUAAUAUGUAUUGUUUAUUUUGUUUAUUUUUUUUGUGGAACAUUUUUUAAAUUUUCAAAAUAAAAUUUUUUUCUAAGAGUCA